AUGGAGCAUGUUAACACUGUGAUAUCAUUUGUCUCCAACUACAGAGUAGCCAUCCUCUCGGCUUUGACUCUUGUGUUGGCAACAAGAGCUUUGAAAAGGGGCAAGAAGCAACACACCUAUGAACCAGGUGUUGUAUACCUUUAUGACUUCCCCAAGGGUGACUUCCCACUGCUACACAUAUCACCAUUCGUGCUAAAGGUGUCUCUCUUCUUGCGUCACGCCAACAUCCCAUUCAAGGUUAUCAACAACCUUGACAUGGGUCCAAGAAACAAGAAGCCUUGGAUCAGACUUGAUGGAGAGGUGGUUUCGGACUCUGACAUUAUCAUUCACUACUUGAUCAAGAAGUUCAAUAUCAAGGGCUUUGAGAUUAAUGAUGCUGAUUUGGCAGCUGAUGCUCAUCUGCUUCGUAGAUUCAUUGAUGAUGCCGCCGUCUGGUCACUAGUCUACAGUAGAUGGGUGGACCCAAUCAACUGCUCCACCAAUAUUGACGCCAUAUUCUCCAGUGUACCAUUCCCAAUAAGUGUGAUUGUGAAGCGCUUUGCAUCGAAUGGCACCAGCAAGCAGUUGUACGGCGUUGGAAUUUCCAGAUACUCUAGAGACGAGGUUUAUGAGCGCGCUGCAAAGGACCUUGAUGCCCUGGCACGUCGUCUGGGAGACAAACCCUACUUGCUCGGUAAAGAGAUGUCCCUGGUGGAUAUCAGUUUGUUCUCAAUGUUGGCACAGUUCACCUUUGAGAUUGUUCAAUCGCCAGCAGGUGCUGCACUAAAGUCACACCGCAACCUGGUGGACUAUGUAAAGAGGAUUGGUGAGGCACAUUUCAAGUCUGACGAGUUGGAUUUCUCCAAGUCAUACCCAUCAUCAAGACAAUAA